AUGGCGUUCCUUUGUCCAAGUCGGGUGGGCAGGAAAACCAAAGUGAGAACACCCAGAAAGAAAGAUAAGCCUUUUGCUGGUCUUCCUGGCAGGAUAACAGGUAGUGACAGCACCGACACCAUACAGCGUGUGGGGCUUGAGAAAGAGAGCGGUCUAUCACCGAAGUCAAAAGUCAGGGUUAUUCUCGACUUCGAACCGUGUGUUGAUGAGGAGGUGGCAGUAAAACGCGGGGAAGAAGUGUAUCUCUUAUAUAAAGAAAAUGACUGGGGAUACGUCAUUAAACGAAACGGCGAGGAGGGAUUCAUUCCGUAUAGUUACUGUACAAGGUUGUUCGGUCCAGAAUCACUAUCGUCAGACAUGUUAAAUAGGAACACCAAAUAUGGUACCUUGUAUAACGAAGAUGUUUUAGGAAAAGAUUGUUUUUUCACAGAUGAGUGGUCACCGGUGUCUUCUAAACCGGAUUCUGUGCCGGAUCGAAGAGACCCAACUACCCAUAAGGGAAUAAUCACACGCGAGGAGAUGAUACGGAUAUUACAGCCCCCGCCUCCCGUUGUAGAGGAGGAUAAACCGGAUGUCAGACCUUUCCGGAAGACGUCACAUGGCCAGUUCAUUGCGCUUUUCGACUUCUCGGCACUAGACGAGAACGACACGAAUGUGGAGCGUGCGGAGUUGGUGGAUGUUCUGAAUAUCGAGGACCCGGAUUGGUCAUGGAUCCGUCACUGCGACGGCCGCGAAGGGUUCGUGCCGAAGUCCUACAUUUGCCCCGUUGAACCUCUUAAGGCGAUAGAGAAGGCAGUCAAUGGCGGACACAGUCGUCAAAGUAGCGCGACUGGGCGCUCAUCUGCGUCUUCCUCUAUACUGGGACCAAAAAACCAUCACAGGGCGUCUAACAACACGCGAACAGGACAUCCAUACUUAUCGCAACCUGCUCUCAAUGUAACGACAAACACAAAGCGAUCGUUAAACGAUGCGUCUUUUAAACUUUCAAUGACCUACGCUAGCAGCGACGCAGUGAACAAACAUCAGGACAUGUCUAACAUUGGUCAUGGUACACUUAGUAACUUUCAUGCAUUCAAUGAGUCAACGUCUACACUUCCAUCCCCAACAUCGCAGGUGAUCACCAUUCGUCCACCGACUCGAGCCUUCAGCCAGACAAUCACACAGAACGAUCAACAUGAGGCAGGUCUGUCGACCACAUUUAAACCCCUACAAUGCGCCUCAGAUAGUGACUUUGAUGAUCCUGCAUGCGCUUCGUCUUUGCCAACAACUCCGAGAUAUGAAACUAGUAACCAUUCACAAACUGACUCAAUGAAAGGUAGUCAAACGGAUAGGGUCGUUUCUGUGCCAUCAAAACACUAUAGUAACGAGACCACGCAUUUGUCAAAUAAAUCAACUGACAAAGAAAUUUCACUUAACCAACAGGUGUCUACCGCAACAAAUUCAGUGAUAAAUAAAACGGAGUCAAAUAACAUAUAUGCAAAUGUACCGCUACAGUCAACGCAACCAGACGACGAAAGAGCGCACGAUUCUAAAGCGAAUGACAACGUAAUCGAAUGUGUGAUACUCUACGACUACACAGCGCGCUCUCAAGAUGACCUUACCGUCCGACGCGGGGAAAACGUCUACGACGACGGUCGGAAUCGCGGUAAUGCCCAUUGGCUGUGGGUGUUUUCACCCCGAGCCAAGAGUUUUGGCUACGUGCCAAGGCAAUAUGUCAAGCAAGUAGUCCAGACAUCGUUAUAG